GAAGUGACCUUAUAAGCGCGCGCCGGCGCUCUGGAGGGUCGGGCAGGGUCGCCGUGGCGGGCGCCUGGGCCGCUUGCCGUUUGACUAGGUUUUCGCGGGUGGGUGCCGUUGUCCCCGGCGACUCCAGAGCAGCAUCACUUUCUUGGUGAAGAUAACCCAGAGAGCUUAGGAAGCCACUAAGAAGUUGCGCUGGGGAUGCUCCCGGGAAAGACUGGAUGCUGAGGCAGCUCCAGUGCAAAGGCUGUUGACAGGCCCAGAAGAAAGUGAUUGCCAUGGAUCAGAACAACAGCCUGCCGCCCUAUGCUCAGGGCCUGGCCUCCCCUCAGGGCGCCAUGACUCCUGGAAUCCCCAUCUUUAGUCCAAUGAUGCCGUAUGGCACAGGGCUAACUCCACAGCCCAUUCAGAACACCAGCAGUCUGUCCAUCCUGGAGGAGCAGCAGCGGCAGCAGCAGCAGCAGCAGCAACAGCAGCAACAGGCAGCAGUGACGACAGUGACAGCCACAGUUCAGCAGUCAACAUCCCAACAGGCGACUCAGGGGGCCUCAGGACAGACACCACAGCUCUUCCACUCACAGACUCUUACGACUGCACCCUUGCCAGGCACCACGCCCCUGUACCCCUCGCCCAUGACCCCCAUGACCCCCAUCACGCCCGCCACACCGGCGUCUGAGAGUUCGGGGAUCGUGCCACAGCUGCAAAAUAUUGUGUCCACAGUGAACCUUGGUUGUAAACUUGACCUAAAGACCAUUGCACUUCGUGCCCGAAAUGCUGAAUAUAACCCCAAGCGGUUUGCUGCUGUGAUCAUGAGAAUACGGGAGCCCCGGACCACAGCCCUGAUCUUCAGUUCUGGGAAGAUGGUGUGCACGGGAGCCAAAAGUGAAGAGCAGUCCCGACUAGCAGCAAGAAAGUAUGCCAGAGUCGUGCAGAAGUUGGGUUUCCCAGCCAAGUUUUUGGACUUCAAGAUUCAGAACAUGGUAGGGAGCUGCGAUGUGAAGUUCCCCAUAAGGUUAGAAGGCCUCGUGCUAACCCACCAACAGUUCAGUAGCUACGAGCCAGAGUUAUUUCCUGGUCUGAUCUACAGGAUGAUCAAACCCAGGAUCGUCCUCCUGAUCUUCGUUUCUGGGAAAGUUGUGUUAACAGGUGCUAAAGUCAGAGCAGAAAUUUAUGAAGCCUUUGAAAACAUCUACCCUAUCCUCAAGGGCUUCAGGAAGACGACGUAAUGGCUGCCCUGCCCUCCCACCCACUUGUUUUAAAAAAACAUCAGUUUUGGUAAAUUUGAGUGGUGGUGUCGUGGGUGGCCUGGGUCCCCGUGGGUUGCAGCCUGCAUGUGCGCCUGGCAUGCCCGGGUGUUCCUGUAGUGGCUGCACUGUGCUGCCGUAUGUUUAGAUUUAGAUUUUAAACUCUUAACUGCUGUUGACAAGUUGGUUUAAGGGAGAAAAUGUUGGUGUUAAAGCCACCUUCACAAUUGACUGGACUUUUAAUUUUGUUUGUUUUCUUCCCCAUAAACCACAGUUUUUAUAUUUCUACCAGAAAAGUAAUGUUUUUUAAAAGUGUUGUUUUUCUAAUUUGUAACUCCUAGGGUUUAUUUUUGUGCCAGACACAUUCCGCCUUCUCAGUAUUGCAGGACAGACAGAUGUAUUUUGAACACAAAUGGCUGUAAAUAUUUCUCUUCUCAGUGCUCUGUACAAUAAAUACUGUUUAUAAAAGUGUUAGGUUGAUGUUAUAAAUGAUGCCUUGUAAGAUUUAUGUGAUCAUAUGUUUAAAAAGUUGUAUUUUAGAUACAAUGCCUGAAACCA